GCUCUCCCCCCCCCAGUGCUGUGCUGUGGGGGUCCCAGGCGCUCUCUCCUCCCCCCCCCCCAGUGCUGUGGGGCGAUGUGGGGGUCCUAGGCUUGCUCUCUCUCACCCCUAGUGCUGUGCUGUGCCGGCGGGUUCCUGCUGGGGCUGAUGUUUGUGCAGCGCUCGGGCAGCUACUUCGUCUCCAUGUUCGAUGACUAUUCGGCCACCCUGCCCCUGGUGGCCGUCGUGGCCUGUGAGGCCGUGUCCGUGGCCUGGGUCUAUGGGGCGGACAGGUUCCUGGCAGAGGUGGAGACCAUGCUGGGCUGGCGGCCCUGGCGGAUGGGCUGGCGGCCCUGGAGGCUCUAUGGCUACAUGUGGCGUUACGGCAGCCUCCUGGCCAUGCUGGGACUGCUGCUGGCCAGCCUGGGGCAGAUCUGCCGCAGCCCCCCCACCUACCAGGCCUGGGACCAGGUGCAGGUGAGACCCCCCCGUGGGUGUGGAGCCGGGGCAGAGGGUCCAUGGGCAGGGCAGGGCGGGGAGCCAGGACACCGGGGCAGAUGGGCCA